GCUCUUGUGUGUAUAUAUCUACCGAUCAGUGUCCGGCUGUACUGUGUCUAGUACAGCACGUCUUCUAUCCCUGCUGUGUGCCUGCUUGAUGGUGACUAGUUGGUGGUAGUUUGAUAAUUGCCGCCGAGUAUCAGUGCAUGUGUGUUGACGUGCCGUUUCUGCUGGGACAAGUUAUUAUCCUAUACCCGACCGCCUGCUUCUGCGGCUACUGUCGUUGAUCCGUUGGGCCGUUCUUUUUGUUCUCGUAGUGACAGGGAAAUACGUUUAGUAGUCAUUCCGCCCGUUGUCCUAAUGGAAGACAGAGUCCGUCCGUAAAGACUAGGCAUCUAUAGACCUCUGCCGAGUGGUUUGCCGGCCGGCGGGCCGGCUUCUUCCAGCAUUCAGGGUGUGUUUAUUGCUACAGUUGCUCCGGCGUAACUUCUAUUAUUACUAUUUUUACCCCCAGCAGUAACUGCCGCCGCCGCCGCUUCGUGUGCGUGUAUGUGUUUGCUUUUGCAUGUGCGUGCGUGUGUGUGUGUGUGUGUGUAUACGUGUGUGAGAAACAAAAACGGCAGACCGUGUUCACUUUCCAAAGAUAAAUACUCGGCAGCGACUUCUGCUAAUCAAGUGGUCAUCACAAUAUCGCGUGGCUUCGAAAUCGAGCUUUCAUUGGAAUCGCUUUAUACGAAGUGAGUGAAUGUGUGGGUUCAUAUUUGUGCGUGACAAUGACUACAGCUGACUGACCGUUCGGGGCAUGCAAGUGUGAAUGAGCCGCGUGCUUUUAACCAAGCUGACGACAGGCGGUCGUUAUUGCAGCCGGUAGCGAGCAAUCCGGCCCGACAGGUCCGAUCUCUGACGUGGAAGGCGACUGGUAAACGAGUGACACAUGAAGAGAUGGAGAAAAUGCUCCGCAGUUCGAGAUUCAUGAACAACAUGACCCGCAUUACAACUGGAAACGACCGUAUCCGAGUGUGUCCACUAAACGUCGAAGCAGACAAAGAGUUGCAGUACCCCCGCACGGUAUAUGAAGGACUCAAGAAUGCCGCUUUAAAAAACACAGUAUCGAAUAACAUCUGUGGAUGGAUUGACCCUGUGACGGAGAAAUUACAGUUCCUAUCGUAUGAUCAAUUUUUCGCCGAAUCCAAACACAUUAGCAUGGCCUUUCGGGAGCUAGGUAUUGGGCCAAAGGAUUUCGCUGCCGUAAGCUGGAUCAACUCCAAGGAAUUCCUCGAAGUGAUGUACGGCACUACAUCUCUGAACAUGGUACUUCAACCACUCUACCCGAAUCUUGACGCACACGCCGUUAAAUACGUACUCAAACAAGGUAAACCAAAGAUCUAUCUAUGUGAUAACGAAGCAAAGUCUCGUCUAAUUAUAAACAGUGCCACAGAGAUGCCGUUUCUAAGGACGCUUGUAGUAGGCCGCGGUCCGCCGAGUCGAGACCUUCGAAAUGAGGCACAAAGCAAGGGUAUUCAACUGCUCGGCAUGGACGAUUUUAUGAAGCUUGGGGCCCAAAAGAAUCAUCCACUUGCUCCGCCUGAGCCAGACGAUAUUUUCACGCUAAUCUAUACCUCAGGAACGACGGGGAAUCCUAAAGGGGCCAUAGUUACUCACGAGUGCAUACUUAGGGCGUACCACACUGUCAGCAUUUCCGUCGGUCCCCUACGAGCCCAUGCAGGAGAAUAUACAUUUUGCUACAUGCCAACAGGCCACAUUUAUGAGAUUCUUUUUGAGCUAUUAGUAUUGGCGGAAGGAGGUACAGCUAUGUUCUGGAGAGGUGACAUCAAGAAGAUGGUCGACGACAUGAAGAUCAUUCGGCCGCACUAUGUGCCUAUGGUACCGCGGAUCAUGAACAAAAUCUAUGAUGGCGUCAAUGAAAAACUCGCGGGAAGCAAGCUCAAGCAUGCCGUAUUUACGUAUUGCUACAAUAAAAAGAAGAAGCUCCUACAGAGAGGCAUCGUGCGCAAUGAUACGAUCUAUGAUAAGCUCGUGUUUAAGAAGAUCCGCGCAAUUCUGGGCGGAAGAGUAGCUUCUAUUAUCACGUCCUCGGCACCGCUUUCUCCGGAAGUGAUGGAGUUCUUCAAGGUGGCAUUUGGCUGCCAUGUUUCGGAAGUGUACGGUAGUACAGAGACCCUAAUCGUGAGCGGUACUUCUCCGUACGAUCCCACCGGAGGACAUCUGGGUGGACCCUUCCCUUCAAUUGAGAUAAAACUCAUUGACGUUCCCGAGUUAGGCUAUUAUGCCAAGGAUAACGUAGGCGAAAUCUGUGUUAGGUCCCCAUUUGUAUUCAGGGGUUAUUACAAGGAUAAAGCAGCCACCGACAAUACCAUUAUCGAUGGGUGGGUCGUCACUGGAGACGUCGGGAGAUGGACAGAUCGGGGUACAUUGGUAAUUAUCGAUCGAAAGAAGGAUAUUUUCAAAUUAUCGCAGGGCGAGUACAUCGCGCCCGAAAAGGUGGAGUCGGUGUACGCACGCCUCGAUCAGAUUGCGCACAUCUUCGUCGAAGGCCGAGGCGACCAGCGAUUUUGCGUGGCUAUCGUCGUUCCUGAAGAAAGCCUGUUCCGCCAAUGGAUAAAGAAUCACGGUUUCGAAAGAGAGUCUGAACUACCACUUAGUGAUAUUUGUUCCGAUAUCCGAAUUCGAAAAGCCUAUCUCGAGGAGAUGCGCAAUUUCGGGACAGCCCAUGACCUUGGCAACCUACAACAGAUCCGAAAUUUAUGUCUUGAGGUAGUACCCUUUACGGUAGAGAGCGGACUUCUAACUUCGACCCUCAAAGUGAAGCGCAACGUGGCACGCGAUAUGUUCGCUGAGAAGGUUGAUCAACUAUAUCGCGAGGGGUCUCUAGUUGAGAAAAAUGUAUAAAUUUCACGCGCUGCAAUUGUGGAUCUGAUGUCCUUUUUAAAUAAUUGAGUCCAAAAUCAUCCUAGGUUUUCUUGAGAUUACGAGUGUCCUUGAAAACGCGUCUUCACAGCCAUUGUGGCCAUUACGGUCCCAUCCAUAACUUUAACUCGACAACGAACCUUUCAUAUUUUUAUCGUGGUUUUGACACUGUCGAAUUACCGAGGAAAAGAACGAUUUUAAACGGGGCAGAAGCCUGUCGUUGACAAAAGUUCGGUUUUUUUUUUAUAGGGGAUGACGACGAUGUUGCACAGAGCUCAACAAAACGAAUUAUCUAGCUGUUCAUGUUGAUCGAAUCAUUCCCCUAAACUACAAUAUAUUUUGCCUUGGCUACCGUAGAGAGCGUUAUAUAUAUUAUAGAUCAUAAAUAAGUGAUGAGUCUAAGGCAGAGCGAACGCCUGCAGAAUUCUGAGCAGGUCGACUUUUUCCAUUGGAACUGGGAUUAGCUAACCACCUGCGGUAGUUGUGAUAUUCAUUUUCACAUAAACACAAACUUCUUUUGUCCAAAGAAUAUCUAGCGAAGUGUGCAAAAAAAAUAUCGAAAAAACCCAAUAUAAAUAGAUUUUAUAUAUUUAUAUAGUAUAUGAAGAUGUUUUGAAAUAGUUUUAUUUAUUUUUAUUAUUGACCACUAUUAUAUGCUAAACUAUAUUUACACAAGCGAAUACGUGGACACAUAUGUAGGAAGGCCAAAGCACAAUGAGUCCUUACGCGUGUUAUUAUAGUCUUUUGGUACGUUACUUUGACAAAAACAUGACAUGAUGAGCUAAACUAAAAUUGUUUUGUAAUCAAACAUCACUUGAAUCAUCUCGAAAACGAGAAUGAAAUUAAGCAAGGCGUUGUUCCCAUCUUUAGGCGCUGCAUAGCUUUUACAUUUGCCAGCAAAUGAGAUGAGAGGGUCACCUGUACAUGCAUAUCGACAUUCCACUCAGUACAUCGUGGAGCGCAUUUGUACAAAUAUUGAACGAAUAAAGUAUGAGCUAUUUUUGUUUUAA